GGUUAAAAACUUUAUGAUUCAGGGUGGGGACUUCAGUGAAGGUAAUGGAAAAGGUGGAGAAUCAAUUUAUGGUGGAUACUUUAAAGGUAAGGUCUGGUAUUUUGUGUUUUUUGUUUCAGUUCUGAUAUAAAGCAAGUUUGGUCGCAUACUUUAUUGAGAAGAGGUUUACUUGUAGUUCACGUUUUGCAUGAAACUAAUGCUGCAUGAAAAUACUUUAUUUGCAUGAGUUUGGGGAUAAAUUAUUGUAAUAUGUAACUUUUAAUUGACAAGAUUAAUUAAGGCUAACUUUAAGGUUAAACAUGACUUUCAGCAUGGAGGUUAGGCAACUUUAUACAUGAAAACUCCUAUCUUCCUGCCUAAAACUGUCAACAUAUUCUUUUGUUUAUAGAGAAUGUGGUCUUUUGCAAAAUGAAAAGGUAAGAGAACGAAGCUCAGUAACACAAACUCCACUCUGCUCCCUUGUGCCCUCCUAAUAAAUCCACGGACAGUCCGGUCAGGUUGUGGCUGGAUUUCUGUAUUGUUUGAAGAUUUGGAAAAAUCUGUGAUUUCAUAUGUGCUUCUGUGCCUUUGUUCCUUUACAAUUGGUUAUUAGUUCUACAUCAGGGAAAAAAGAACCUAGUUGUGGUUUUUCCACACCUAAACCAAGCAAUUUCUUUGAAUAAAAGUUGGUAUUUUUUCCUUUCUCAAAGGUUUGUAUGCUUUCUUUUGUGUACUAGAACUUUAUGGUUGUAUUUUACUGCUAUAGUAGUAACAUUUCAUAAGUCUAACUAUUGCACUUCCCCAAAAAGCCUUAGAAAAGUCAGUUGCAGGGAUUUACAGUGGGCUCCAGCAUUGCUGGGCGUUAGUGAUAGCAAAGCUGCAGUGUGUAAUAGUCUUUUGUAUUUCCUUUGGGGGAAAUGGAUCACUUCUCUUUUUUCAGAAGCCUGUCCCCAAGGUAAUCCUUUCUUUAAAGUUUUGUGUUUCUGUUUGUUCUAAAGAAAGAUUUGCUUGUAUGAAUGUAAAAAGAAAUUUGGUUUUAAAGAUAUUUCUCCCAAAUACUUACCAGGCCUGAUCCUGCUUAGCUUCUGAUAGUAGAGGAGAUCAGGCGUUUCCAGAAUGAUAUCACACUAUCUGGUUUUAAAGAUACUUGUACUGAAUUAAAGCCAUCUGUAAGUGAUGAUGAUGGCAGAAUUUUUUCCCUUUCUAGCUUGUUCUAAUGGUACAUAGCAACUUACACUUAAUGUUGUGGGCCGCUUAUGUGGCUAUUCCCUGUGGCAGAUGCUUUUGUAUCUUAAAAUUGUAUUUUACCUUUUAAAAUGUUAGAUUUGUACAACUUUCUUCUUUAGGUAAUUUUGUGAUCUUUCUGAUACUUAAUUUGAUAUUUCCCUAAAACUUAAAUAUAUGUAACAUUUUUGUUCUCAUACCAGCUUGACUUCAGUAGAAAAAUAAAUUUACCAUACAAAUGCUAAGCAUUUAAGGUUAGGCUUAUUAAAACUCAACUAUGUAUAUAGUUCAUAUGUCAGGCUAAUUGGAAACUUGAAGGAAAUACAUUUUACUAUAGAUAUUUUUCUAAAAACAUCCUGACUGAUGCUCCCUGAGAGUUAGUAGUUUAUGUGUCAUUUAGCCAGGCGUGUUCCUGCGGAGGUGACUGUUCUAAGGCUGUUUGUCCUGAGUGUUAAACACCUAUUCUUUUCCUCAAGGCUUGAAGUAGUAUCUUGUCGGCCUUUUUGUGCUUUUGUUACUUGAUUAGUUAAUUUUUUUUUCUAAAUAUUGCCACAUAUCUUACUGACCAGAAGAGGAAUUUCAUCCUUUGCUUUCAAUUUAGUACUUGAGCAUUACUUUAAAGGCUGCUUAUAAUUGGAGACUAACAAAUUUGUGUUUUCUUCAAACAGAUGAAAACUUUAUUCUCAAACAUGACAGAGCGUUCCUUUUGUCAAUGGCAAAUCGAGGGAAACAUACCAAUGGUUCCCAGUUUUUCAUAAAGAGUGUUACACCGUGCGCUCCAAAGAACUACAAAGCCUGCUCCACAUCUGGAUGGGGUUCAUGUUGUGUUUGGACUGGUUAUUUCCGGUUUUGAAGUAAUUGAACAGAUUGAAAAUCUGAAAACGGAUGCUGCAAGCAGACCUUAUGCAGAUGUUCGAGUUAUUGACUGUGGUGUGCUUGCCACAAAGUUGACAAAAGAUGUUUUUGAGAAAAAAAGGAAGAAGCCAACGCAUUCAGAAGACUCGGAUUCUUCUUCCAGUUCCUCUUCCUCUUCAGAAUCAUCCUCAGAAAGUGGAGUUGAGCAAGAGAGAAUCAGAAGGAGGAGACACAAGAGAAGGCCCAAAGUCAGACACACUAAAAAGAGACGGAAGGAGAUGAGCUGUUCAGAUGAGCCCAGGAGGAAGCACACAGUGAGCCCUGAAGGUUAUUCUGAGAGGAGUGAUGUGAAUGAGAAAAGAUCAAGUGAUUCAAAUGCUAAAAGAGAAAAGCCAGUUGUCCGUCCGGAAGAGAUUCCUCCAGUUCCUGAGAACCGAUUUCUACUUAGAAGAGAUAUGCCUGCUGUCACAGUGGAGCCUGAACCGAACAUUCCAGAUGUCGCACCUGUUCCGAGUGAUCAGAAACCAUCUGUGUCAAAGUCUGGAAGGAAAAUUAGAGGAAGAGGCACAAUUCGCUAUCACACACCGCCACAGUCAAGAUCUCAUUCUGAGUCUGAAGAUGAUGACAGCAGUGAGACUCCUCCUCACUGGAAGGAGGAGAUGCAGAGACUGAGAGCUUACAGGCCACCAAGCGGAGAAAAGUGGAGCAAAGGAGACAAGCUAAGUGAUCCCUGUUCAAGCCGAUGGGAUGAAAGAAGCUUGUCCCAGAGAUCCAGAUCAUGGUCCUAUAAUGGAUACUAUUCAGAUCUUAGUAUAGCAAGACACUCUGAUGGUCACCACAAGAAACGCAGAAAGGAAAAGAAGUUUAAGCAUAAAAAAAAAGCUAAAAAGCAGAAGCAUUGCAGAAGACACAAACAGACAAAGAAGAAAAGAUUAGUAAUGCCACCUGACUCGGAACCCUCAAGAUCUGCCACCCACCGAAUGAAGUCCUCUUGUGACAGAGAAAGGAGACCCCGUGCCUCCUCCUCCUCCUCUCGCCACUCCUCAAAGCGGGCCUGGUCUAGAUCAGACAAGGACGACCGGAGUUCUUCAACCCACUCCAGCAGAGACUCCUAUAGAUCCAAGUCUCAUUCACCAUCGGAUUCUAGAGGGACCUCUAGAUCAAGGGCUUUGUCAAAGUCCUCAUCGCGUUCUCACGACAGAUCCCAGUCCAGAUCUAGUUCCAGGUCAGAACCCCGGAGGACAGCAUCAAACUCACCAAAACAGCCUGCUGUUUUGAGUGAAAAUAAGCCAGUUAAGGCAGAACCUUUAAGAUCAUCGAUGCCACAGAAUGGAAAUGUGCUGGUACAGCCAGUGGCAGCAGAAAACAUUCCUGUAAUACCUUUGAGUGACAGCCCUCCCCCUUCUAGAUGGAAGCCUGGGCAGAAGCCCUGGAAGCCCUCCUAUGAGCGAAUUCAGGAGAUGAAGGCUAAAACCACUCACUUGCUGCCUGUCCAAAGUACAUACAGUUUAACAAAUAUUAAAGAAACUGGGAGUUCAUCAUCCUAUCACAAAAGAGAAAAAAAUUCAGAAAGCGAUGGGAGCGCUUAUUCAAAGUACAGUGACAGAAGUUCUGGGAGCUCAGUAAGGUCAGGGGGCAAGUCUUCUAGGAGCCGGUCAUACUCUAGGUCAUACACAAGGUCAAGGUCACGGAGUCCACGUACUUCACGAUCACAAUCUAGGUCUCCAUCAUCUAGGUCUCACUCACAAAUGAAGUAUAGUGAUGGUUCCCACCGCAGCAGGUCGUCUUCAUACACUUCUGUCAGCAGUGAUGGGGGAAGUCGAGCCACAAGGAGGACGUUUAGAUCCCAUGGGGAAAAAAGCAUCACUUCAAAUAAAAGACACCACGGCAGCUCAAAGAAGAUACUUCACAGUAAAUAUGUCAAAGGCAGAGAGAAGUCUUCAUGUCACAGAAAGUAUAGUGAAAGUAGAUCAUCUGUGGAUUAUUCUUCGGACAGUGAACAGUCACAUGUUGAGUUAGUGCACUCGGCCCUAGAGAAGGAGAAACAGGGGAAAACAGAAGUAUUGAAUGAUAAGCAGGGGAAAAGCAGAGAAGAAGGAAAGGGCAAGCCAGAAUGGGAAAAGAGGCCUUUGAAAGAGAGUCUGUCUGAUCACUCUAGAGAUGGCAGUAGGUCCAAAGGGAAGAACUGUGCUGGGAGCAAAUGGGACUCUGAAUCAAACUCUGAACAAGAUGUGACUAAGAGCAGGAAAAGUGAUCCCCAGAGAUGUUCUGAUAAGGAGGAGGGCGAAGCCUCUUCCGAUUCUGAGUCAGAAGUUGGCCAGAGUCACAUCAAAGCUAAACCCCCAGCAAAGCCUUCAGCAAACACUUCUCUGCCUGACAGUAAUGGCGCCUGGAAGUCUAGGAGACCACAGUCUUCAGCUUCUGAGUCAGAGGGCUCCUGCUCCAACUUGGGAAAUGUUAGAGCGGAGCCCCAGAAACAGAAAUGCCCAAAGGAUAGUCUUAAAGGGGAUCGCACAAAAAAAGUGAGAGAGAAAUUGAAAGCCAAAAAAGACAAAAAACACAAGGCUCCAAAGCGGAAGCAAGCCUUUCACUGGCAGCCUCCACUGGAGUUUGGUGACGAGGAGGAGGAGGAGAUGAAUGGAAAGCAAGUUCCACAGGAGCCAGAAGGAAAAAAGCACAUCUCUGAGAAGUGUGAAACUGUGAAAGACAGUAUUCCAAAAAUAGAGAAACCCUGUGAUGAAGGCAGUGGUCCCAGUAACCCUAAGAAGGGUACUUCAGAGCACAACCCACUUGCAGAGGGGGAUCGCCAUCCCAGCUCUUGCCCUGCACCUCUGACAGUGGAGGAGAAUACCACCAGCUCUCCUCCUGGCUCCCAGCACAUUGAAGAGCGUGUCCCAGCUGGAGGGGAGGAUGUGCUUCAGACAGAUGACAACAUGGAGAUUUGUACCCCUGAUAGGAGUUCCCCUGCAAAAGGAGAGGGGUUGUCCCCAUUAGCAAACCACAAGCUGGACAGCCCAGAGGGGAGCAUUAUUCCAGAGCAGGUUGAGCACAUAGCACAGCCCAGAGCAGGAGGGAAACAAGAAAACAUUGUGUCUGAGAGUAAAACCUCAAGUGAAGGUGGGAAACAGGACAGCUCUGCCAGUUUGGCCAGUCCUGUAGAAAUUUCUGGAAAGAAGGAGGGGCCUGAGAAAAGCCAAAUGAACCUCACAGAUAAGUGGAAGCCAUUGCAAGGUGUAGGAAAUCUGAUGCCUACUGCAGCCAUGUCCAGUGCUCUGGAUGUGAAGCCAUUGGCUCUUGUUACUGAAGUGAAACCACAAGGCUUGAGAAUAGAAAUCAAAAGCAAAAAUAAAGUUCGGCCCGGGUCUCUCUUUGAUGAAGUAAGAAAGACGGCACGCUUAAACCGGAGGCCACGGAAUCAAGAGAGUUCCAGUGAUGAGCAGACACCUAGUCGGGAUGGUAAUAGCCAGUCCAGGAGUCCACACAGAUCUCGAAGUAAAUCUGAAACCAAAUCUCGACACAGAACAAGGUCUGUCUCCUAUAGUCACUCGAGAAGUCGAUCCAGGAGUUCCACGUCAUCUUACCGAUCAAGGAGCUACUCCAGAAGCCGGAGCAGAGGCUGGUACAGCAGAGGCCGGACCCGCAGCCGGAGCAGUUCCUAUGGAAGUUUCCGUAGCCACAGGACAUCCAGCAGGAGCAGGUCCAGGAGCAGCUCCUAUGACCCCCACAGUCGCUCCAGUAGAUCCUACACUUACGAUAGCUACUACAGCCGGAGUCGCAGCCACAGCCGCAGCCAGAGGAGUGACAGUUAUCAUCGAGGGAGAAGUUACAACAGGCGGUCCAGGAGCGGUAGAUCCUAUGGCUCGGACAGUGAAAGUGACAGAAGUUACUCUCGUCACCGGAGCCCCAGCGAGAGCAGCAGAUACAGCUGAGGCCUCCUUGUACAGAGACUGUAUCUUACUGUAAAUACCUGGUAACUUAAAGCUGGAGAAACUGGAUGGCCGUCUGUUGUGUGUAUUAGAGCUCAAAUCCAACAGUGGAUAUUUCUUGUCACUUACUUACAUGUGUGCAGAAAAAUUUAAAAGUACAGAUGUCAACUACAAAUAUUUUUAUGCCCCAUUUUACAGUAGACAACUAUGGAAUUUUCAUUUUCUUGAAUCAAGAACUGGUGGAAUUGACGUAGGUAUCAUUUGCAGUGUUACUUUAGAUGGAGUGUUUUUGUAGCUCACACAGUCCAUAGAAUUCAGGUCAGUGCUUUCAGGUUUUAGCAUCCAUGCUGCCAAACAGAAUUGUGGAGAGCUGUCACAGCUACACGUUCCUAUGUCCCCAUGCUGGUUAUAGUCUUGUUUGUGUAUGCUGUCAAAUCAGGCCAUCCACAUCGUAUUGACUAUGGCCAGUCGUGCAGGGUGGUGGCUCAUGCUACCAUGUCUGCCUUUCCACAGAGACUGCCACCUUGGUGCUUGGUGCCUUUGGUUCCUCCUGUACCGUACUUCAUACACUACGUAUCCUGAUGCCAGAAGAUAGAAUCAUGACUUUUUUUUUUUUUAAUUCACUGGCACCAAAAAUUACUUCUUCUGAGCUGGGCUCACUGUGAGUGUAGAGCUUCCCAACAGUUAUGUGGUGGCGGUCUCUUGGACAGAUCCAGCACGGUUGGCCAUCUUGUUUUGCACCCGUGUCCUAGAAGAGCCAACUGGAGAGUGGACUUUGAGAAGCAACUCCAGUCUUUAGUUAGCACACCCAGAGAGUUUAGCAACAACCAGCCUCUCCCUAUUGUGUUGAGACCUCCCACUGACUCUGUGAAGCCCUGCCUGACCAGAGGAAACCCAGGACAAGAUUUGGGGGCAGAAGGAUCACAAGCUGCUGCACAGAGAGAUGUUCCUGUGGCUUUGCGUGGUUCCUCCAAAAAUAAUUUACCCUGUAAAAACUAGUUUGAGUUUGUUUGUUUUGCUCUUUACUUUACAUUCUUUCCCCAAGUGUACUUAAUCACCUUAGUGCCGGUUUAAUCCUGUUCACAGAAAGAAUUCCUGUGUAUGUUGUCCAUGAAGUCUAUACCAUCCAAUCCCAGACCUUGCUAGUGAAUUUGGGAAGAAGAUUCCUGGCCUGAUGGAGGGAGGCACUGAAUUAUGAAAAUGGUCUUCCAGGGCAUGUGUACUAGCAUGUGCUUGGCAUGUAAUGAUGCUCUGGGGUCAAUGACCAGCACUCCAAAAAUAAAUCAUGCUGUCACUCUUAGGAGGUGGCCAGCCAUUGUUCAACAUGCCAGUAAAUGUAACUUCAUCAGAAGACAGGAUAACAUCAGCAGUCAGUGCUUGGCUAGUGAAAGUUAAACAUGUGGUUUAUAGUGGGAUUUUUUUCUAAAAGUUUCCUACAAAAAAGGAUGUUUGAAUGUACUAGUUGGUGAGAAGAAUGCAUUCAGAACCCAAACAAACUGCCAAAUGGAGUUAGUAAGGAAGGGUCACUGUUGAGCAAUGUCGUAUUGUUUUGUAGCUGUGUGACAAACUAUUCCAAGUCCCGCAGCCUAGACCAGUGCCUGUGCACCAUAGAUUCUCAACUGUACAGCCAUGGCUAGGCAUGGUGGGGCUGACUUCACUGCUCAGGGUCUCAGGACUGUGGCUGAGGGCUGGAAGGCGCAUCCCUCAUGAAGACUCUGAAAAGGACUAACUUUCUUGUGGGCUCCUUUGAGGCUGCCCACAUCCCUGCCCCAGGCCUUGCUGUCUUCAGCCAGCAGGGGUCCUUUGUCUUUCUUCAAAACUUCUGCCUUCCUCCUGUGUAAAGGGUCCAUAUGACUAGAUCAAACCAGAUCAGAGAUCAGUCUCCAUCUGUAGUCCAGUGGUCAAAGGAGUUGUGGGCAUUGGCAGGUUCUGGGGGUUGGCAUGGGAAGAGGCAAGGCAUGCCACCUACUGCCGCCACGACAGGGCUUAACCUAUCCAGGCAGCUCUCAUCUUCAGCAGUGUGGGCCUGGCUGUUUACACUCAAGUGAACUACAAAAAUGGCUUUUCUUCCUAACCAGGAUCAUUCUGUAUUUUUGAAGUUAUUUUUUUAAUAAAAUUGAAUUACGUUGUGUAAUGUGCUUAAUAGAAAAUGCUUUAUUGGACAGUUUUGUAACAUCCUGUUUACUGCAAAUGGCAUAGUUGAUAUUGUCAAAAAUGUAGAAAAGACUUUUGUAUAUACUAGCAGUGUCUAAUUUGUAUAUACAUCGAUUUAAUUUCCCUACAACUCGAAAAGGAUCUUGUAGAAAUGAAAAUACAUGCUAACUUUGAGU